CGAUCCAAACCCUAAUUGGCUCUCUCUCGCUGAAGCAGCAGCGAACAAGGCCUCCUCUGACGUCGGACCUGACGCGGUCCCACAGCGACGGCAUUCAUGGUGGCAUCAUCUCCCGCGGUCCAGACUCGGGAGAUAGAUGACAAUUGGCCUGAGGAGGAGCAAUCGUGUGGUGGUCCUUUGGCAAUCCGUUGUUGUUGUUGUUGUUGUUGUUCCAAUUGUCGAAGAGAUCGACGAGGAGAACACACUGUGAUGUGAUGAGCUUGGUGUCAUCGGGGCACACAGGAGUCUCGCUUCUUCUCGCGCAAGGUCUUGAGAGUGCAGGUGGUAAUGGAUGGGGUGUGCCUCUCGUGAUGCGAUUCCUGCCCUGUACUAACUUGGUCCGGAGGUGGUAUAUGUCGCGGUGAUGAGGUCCCGAAGUAGGGGCCACAAUCGUGUUUUUAGCGGAGGUCGCGUUGCGAUUGAUUGUGGAGGUUUGGGGUGGGGAUACGUGCGCUUCCGUGCGUCACUGGAUAUGCUGGUGGUGGAAUCGUCUGAUGCUGUGGAAGUUUUGGAGUAGCAGUUACAGUGUAGACCCUUGUUUUGUGCAUCUUUUGGAAUGUAGGCAGCAGUGGCACAAGUUAGGAUUAAAUUGACCUGAAAACUAUAUACGCAUCUAGAUUGCCGUAAAUUUUUUCCAGUAAUUCCAGGGAAGGAAACACCCUGGUCCACAGGCAUGGCCCGUAGGGCUAGAUGAUCGCGAUGGAUAAUUCGAAUACAGCAGCCAUGAAUAAGGAGGUCAAGUUGGUGAAAGUAGUGAGGCCAGUCAAGGAGAAGGAUGAAAAAUCAGUUAUCACAAGUAAAAAGACUAGUCGGACUAGCCCACGUUAUGUUCUGAAAAGAUCAAUUAAUGCACUACAAGGUCGAGAUGUGACGAAUAAAACAGCUCAAGCUGUCUUGUUUGUAGGCAAGGUAGUAGUUUUAGAAGCAUUGCGACGAGUAGGUCACACUAACUUGUAUGGCCUACAUCGCCCUCUAAUGUGGACCUUACAAGGUCUCUCCGGAUUGAAUUGUCUCGUUACUAUCCCAGCGCCUCCUUUCAGCGGGUUACAGCGAUGGGCCCCAAUUCGGUUCCUUGCACGUGCCACUGAGGGUUUUGCGAAACCCAUCCUCUUCUUAUCGUUUGCAGGUUUGGUCACAAAUGCAUACAAGCACAGAGACUCACGACGCAACGGUUUACGGCAUAAUGAAGUUCCUCAAAGAGAUUCAGAGCAUAGGACUAUUGUUGUGCUUCCAAAUACAGUCUCUGCGGAUGAUAUUGCAGCUGGUGAUGUCAGAGCUGGUGAAGUGGGCAGAACUGGUGAAGUCAGGGAUCAAGACAUCUUAGUAACCGAACGACAGGCAUUGACUGUGGAAGUGUUGAAAGAAGAGUUGGACAAGAACAAUGUCGCUCUACCCGAGUGGUUUGACGACGGUGAAGUACAGAGGUUUUGGAGUGCAGCACAUGGAGACACAGCGAAGUUUGUAAGGAGUGUGAGAAACACAAUUGGAUGGCGUCAACGCUACCAAUUCUUGUCUGAAGCUGAUCUUAAAGUGUGGAAGCAUUUGGUGUUUUGGCAUAAGAGUGAUGCUCACGGCCGGCCUACUCUCAUUAUUCGCCUUGGUCUUGCAUACACUGCUCUAACACCAUCAGAGCGUCCUCUGUUUGCUCAAGCUAUCGUGUCUCAGGUUGAGCAUCGACUACGAAACAAGAUGCCGAAAGAUGAUCCGCGCCUCACCGUUGUAAUGGAUUGUCGGGGCACUUCUGCAUUUGGUUUCCCUUUAAACUUAAUAAAGUCGUGCUCGGUGUUAGUUCAGGAACACUACCCCACACGCCUUGCUGCUCUCUUUGUCAUUAAUCUUCCACCGAUUGUGCAAGUUCUUGCAAAUGCGGUUCUUCAGGUGAUAAAGCCAUCAACGAAGGAGAAAGUUCACAUGGAAGGCGAUAGGUACAUGAUUAAGCUUGCAUCUUAUCUUGGGGGGAUCUUUGAUGUGCCCGUUGUGUUAGGAGGGAAAUGCUCAUGUGAUUACUGUGAGGGUGUUUCGACUCAGAAAACGGAAGGAAAUAUUCCACUUUUAACUCUCAACGCUCACAAUGGUGUCGAGGAAAUGAGGGUCCGGAACAUGAGUUUGGAGGAGAAAGCCCUCUGUAUACGCCAGUCUACAUACGAAUCGUAUUCAGGAACACUUCGAGUGGUCAUUACUGGCCUUUUCUUACUUUGGCUUGUGGUUGCCAUGAUCUCUGGCUAUGGUGAUCCGCAUGUGUUUCUGUCGUAGCGAAUACUACAUUGUAAAUACCAGAACAGGCAGAUUACUCGCUAGAUCAUUUCGCCUCUCAUCAUUGUCUAGAGAUGGCUGUUGGUAGACUGGAAUGUUGAAUGUGAUUAAAAGUGUGUUGCAUUUCAUAGCUUUUGACUGAGGGCGUUAAAGUGCAGAAUUGUGCUAUCAUUCAGAUUAUAAUUAAUGCAAGUUAUGCUCAGCAUUUCAGUUGAGAGUCA